AUGUCCUCCAUAUCCUUUCUACGCCAAAUCUCGCAGCGAAAAGGCUCUAGUACACCCCACUUUCUCCGUCCUCACCAUCGCGCGUCGUUGGCUGCAUUUGCAACCGUCGCCCGGGCCCACGCAAACCAAAAGGAUGCAGCCCAGGUGCUUUUACCAGCAAAACGCGCGUAUUCAAAUGCAGCAACGAGGCAAAAACGCGAGCCUCCAACGUUUCCGUGCGUCGAAGCGCAUGCCGCGCGUGAAGAGCGUCUCCAGUCGACCACAAAACACCAUUUGGUGACUACACAUGCACCAGAAACCUCUAACAACAAAGAUCCGUCCUCCACCGGUCCCGAACCACCUUAUGCGCGUCCGAACCCAUCAUCCUAUAAAACAUUCACGUCACGCAAGCCACUUCCUCUGGUCUACUAUCCGAAUCAACCACUGGCAGAAUAUGACAUUGCGUACGAGACGUGGGGCACGUUGAAUGAAUCAAAGUCGAAUGCAAUCUUGUUGCAUACCGGCUUGAGCGCAUCGUCGCAUGCAGCCUCGACAGCCGCGAAUCCAGCGCCAGGUUGGUGGGAAAAGUUUAUUGGACCAGGAAAGGCGCUCGACACGGAUCAGCAUUUCAUCAUUUGCACAAACGUUCUCGGUGGAUGCUACGGCUCGACGGGACCCUCGUCGCAGGACCCGACGGAUGCAAAUGGUGGGAAAUAUGGGACGAAUUUCCCCGUUUUGUCAAUUUUUGACAUGGUGCGGGCGCAGUUUGCAUUGUUGGAUGAGUUGGGCAUCAAAAAACUGUAUGCGAGUGUUGGAUCCUCUAUGGGUGCGAUGCAAAGCCUGGCGGCCGGUUGGUUGCAUCCAGAGAGAGUGGGAAAGGUUGUUUCUAUUAGCGGGACAGCCAGGAGUAGUCCGGGUGCGAUUGCAAUGCGUUUUGCCCAGAGGAGUGUCCUGAUGGCCGACCCCAACUGGAACAAUGGCUUCUACUACGAUGGCCUACCUCCCCAUACAGGCAUGAAGCUCGCGAGGCAAAUUGCGACAAUUACCUACCGCUCUGGACCAGAGUGGGAUCAACGGUUUGGACGACGGUUCCGCGACGCACCCUCGCAGCAACCAGCCAAUGGACCUCGCGUACCGGCGCUCUGUCCAGAUUUUUUAAUAGAGACAUACCUAGAUCAUCAAGGAGAGCAAUUCUGUCUCAAGUACGACGCCAACUCACUCAUUUAUGUAUCCAAGGCGAUGGACCUGUUCGACCUGACGCACUCGGCCCUUUCGUCACUCCAUCUCACGUCUGGUGAUGCACCGGAUCCAAAAUCAGGGAAUUCUCAUCUUCAUCUAACGCCUCCCCCUCCACAUCUUUCCGAUCUCGCGGCGGGACUGAUGCCACUGGUCAAUACACCGGUGCUCAUUCUCGGUGUGCAGAGUGAUAUCCUCUUCCCAGUAGAACAGCAGAGAGAAUGCGCUUCCGCAUUGAAAAUGGCCGGGAAUUCACAGGUGGUGUACUACGAGCUUGGAGGAGUAUGGGGACACGACACUUUCAUGCUUGAUGUUCCCAAUGUCGGAGGCGCGAUUCGAGGAUUCCUGUCAUGA